CCAAUCCGCGAAGGGGUAAGAUCUCGGCGGAAAGGAAGUUCUUUUUUUUCCUAAGCUAACGCUUCGUUGUCGGUGCGACUCUUCACUGCUGGGCUUCCUCGCGAACCGCCGAAGCGACGCGUCUAGGAGUUGCGUGUGCUGAAACUCGGCGUAUAAGGUGCUUACUUGCUUUGGCGCAACACCCUUUCAAUGGCACAUAUCAGUAUAAAUCAGUAUCUGCAACAGGUGUUAGAAUCUAUUGACAGCAGAGAUGGACUGUUUUGUGCAGAGUUGGUGUCAUUUAAACAUCCUCAUGUUGCAAAUCCUAGACUUCAGCUUUCAUCUCCAGAAGAAAAAUGUCAGCAAGUGCUGGAACCACCCUAUGAUGAAAUGUUUGCUGCCCACUUAAGAUGUACUUACGCAGUUGCCAACCACGAUUUUGUAGAAGCUUACAAGUGCCAGACAGUUAUAGUACAAUCUUUCCUGAGAGCCUUUCAAGCGCACAAAGAAGAAAACUGGGCUUUGCCUAUUAUGUAUGCGGUAGCCCUUGAUCUUCGAAUUUUUGCUAAUAGUGCUGACCAGCAGCUGGCAAAGAAAGGCAAAGGCAAAGUUGGCGACAUGUUGGAAAAAGCAGCAGAACUCCUUAUGAGCUGUUUUCGAGUAUGUGCCAGCGACACUCGAGCUGGCAUUGAGGAUUCCAAGAAGUGGGGCAUGUUGUUUCUGGUGAAUCAGCUGUUCAAGAUUUAUUUUAAGAUCAACAAGCUUCAUCUGUGCAAGCCACUGAUAAGAGCAAUUGAUAGCUCAAAUCUUAAGGAUGAAUACAGUAUGGCACAGAGGGUUACAUACAGAUACUAUGUUGGACGGAAAGCUAUGUUUGACAGUGACUUUAAACAAGCGGAAGAGUAUCUGUCUUUUGCCUUUGAGCACUGCCACCGCUCCAGCCAGAAAAACAAAAGGAUGAUUUUAAUUUAUUUGCUGCCUGUGAAAAUGUUACUGGGCCACAUGCCAAUGAUCCAGCUUUUAAAAAAAUAUGACCUCAUGCAGUUUGCUGAAGUUACAAAGGCUGUGAGUGAAGGGAACCUUCUUUUAUUGAACGAGGCUCUGGCGAAACAUGAGACAUUCUUCAUCCGCUGUGGUAUCUUCCUUAUUCUCGAGAAGCUGAAAAUCAUCACCUACAGGAAUCUCUUCAAGAAAGUGUAUUUGUUACUCAAAACUCACCAACUGUCUUUAGAUGCCUUUCUGGUUGCCCUGAAAUUCAUGAAAGUUAAUGAUGUGGAUACGGAUGAAGUCCAGUGCAUUCUAGCUAACCUCAUAUAUAUGGGUCACAUCAAAGGCUAUAUAUCGCACCAGCACCAAAAGCUUGUUGUCAGCAAGCAAAACCCGUUUCCUCCAUUGUCUACCGUCUGUUGAAUCUGCUGUGACCUAAAUGGAGAUGUGCUGUCCAUCGACGCUGGUUGCUGUUGGAGCACGAUGGAACUGGCCGUGAAUUUAGACCAAAUCUGUUGGGAGUACUCAUGACUAUUUAAGAGACUACUAUAAUGAAAUGGGGCUUUCCUGCUUAUUCCUCCAACCCAAACCCACUCUGCACUGUCAUAGGAACUUUUCAAACAGCAGGCAGGCAGAGGCUAGGGAAAACGGGAGAAUCUGGCAAGGCUGCCUUGUGGAACUGUGCUGGAUCCAAGCCUUGUAGAAAACUUUUUUUAAAAAUUGUUUUUGUAAAGUUGUGUCUUCUUUUGACACCCUUUGGUUAAAUGUUAUCGUAGCUGGAACAGUUGAAAAUGUGUUUUGCAGACAUUUGUAUCUGAUAUUGGUUGACUAUAAAUACUGAAUAACAGUCAACAUUCAUCUUGUGGUAUUUGUGUGUUCAAACAACAGAGAAGGGCUAGAAAAUCCUCAUUUUUUUCUGAGAGGAUUGAAACUUAUUUAUUUAAUUGGACGUUUUUAAAAUGCUUUGGUGUGGCUUGUUUGCUUUCCUCAUGCACUGUGUGCGACCUCCGUUUAGCAUCUUUUGAAAUAGUUGACUGCAAAAAAAAAAGACAUUGAAUUUACAAAGAAUAAUAGUUGGUCUGGUUUUGUAAAAUAGUUGAAUAGCUCCAUUUUGUUAAGCAUUCCGAUUCCUUUCUGCAGUGUGUAUCUCAGGAGUCACAGAAAUAAAUGUGAUAAUUCCCACUGAAGAGACUACAGCGGUGAAUAAGAAGAAUGUCUUUCACAUAAAUUUGUAGUCAGAUUUUACACCACGGUUUUAUCAAUCUAUGCAGAUGACAUUUAUACGCAGAUGGGCUUUCAUUGCCCCUGCAAGAUUGCAUGUAGGACAAUGUCUUGAAGUGUUGUCUGAAAUCCUGUCAUACAGGCGCACCCCUGCUUGCUAAAACUCAUGCAAAUGUAGCCAUGGAAAUCAAAAGGCACCAACAGUUGCAAUAACUCAGGACCAGCUAGUACUGUGUAAAUAAAGCUACAUUAUUAUUAUUUUUUAAA